GAUCAGGGGAUAGUGUGUAUAAAUUAGUUGUGUUGCACUGUACGAUUGCAAAUGAGCUGUUGAAAAAGCCUGUCUCAGGAAUCAUGGAUGCUGUGUUUUUUGGGGUUGUCAUACUACAGGUUUUGACAUCUGUUCUGUCCUUUCCAAGUGGGGCACCAACUUCAGCUUGUGUGGAUAUGAUGCCCAGGCAUGGAGGAGUACAGCCCAAGCCAAACCCUGCUCCAUACACCAUCUAUCCAAGCAGCACAACUUUUCAGACUGGAAAACCCAUUACAGUUGUAAUCAAAGGUCCAGACUAUAGUGGCGUGCUCCUUGAGGCUCGCUCUGGAUCUGACUCAAAAGCAAUAGGAACCUGGCAGACACCUCCAACUAACACAAAGUUCUUAGCGUGUUCAGGAAACCAGCAAGGUGCAAUCACCCAUGCCAACACCAACAUAAAAAACAACUCCACUGUCUAUACCUGGAUUCCACCAGCUACAGCCAAAAAUGUUGUCUUCAAGGCCACUGUAGCCCAGCAGCGCACUGUGUUCUGGGUAGACGUGAUGUCUUCAACUUUGACUUCCAGUGAAGGAGGAACAUCACUUGAUGUAUACAGUAGUGCUGAAAGGAUUGUCACAUCUUCCCUGUUACUUCUUGUUGUCCUGCUGGUAAUUGUUCGAUACCAAGUUGCUUAAAAAAGUUGCUAAAAAAUAUUUAACCAAUAUUAAACAUUUAGACACAUUUUUAUUUGCUUGACUAAAUAAAAUAAAAAUAAAUAAUGUAAUGCACAAAAAUGCUUUAUUGUGUUUUGGG